AGCCCGCUCGUUCCUUCCCGAGCGCCACCUUAUCACCGUCUGUCUUCACCAUGGCCGCCUAAAACGAGCGCGCUUAAAAUAGCUCCCGGCACAACACGUACCACCCGCCCGCCUGCGCAGGCACGAGCCGUUCCUGGCCUCUCCCCCAGUUGCUGCUGCUGUUCUUGGCUCCUCCAAUAAUUCCCUUCCUCUCCCUCGACAGAGGCGGCGGAGGGGGCGGGCGGGCGGGCGAGAUGAUGAAGCUGCUGUGGUGACGCGCCGACGCGUCGGAGGCGGUGGCCGUGACGGCGAUGGGCGUGUGGGAGGGCGUGCUCGCCGGCGGCGGCAGGCGCUUCAUCAAGCGCAAGGACAGCGAUGCCGGCGAGACUGGCCGGGCACUAGAGGAGUUGCGAAGCUCCUUGUACAAUGAAAUGCAUAGUUCAGAAGGUGCUAAGCGCCAGCAGCAGCGAUUCUGUGGACCAAGUGUUGCAUUGACAUUCAAUUUUGCUGUUGCUGUUGGGAUCAUCACGGCUAACAAAAUGGUGAUGGGGAGUGUUGGAUUUAAGUUCCCAAUUGCACUCUCAUUGAUUCAUUACGCGGUUGCAUUUGUUCUAAUGGCCACUCUUAAGACAUUAUCCUUGUUACCUGUUGCCCCGCCUUUGAAAUCCACUCCUUUCUCAUCUAUAUUUGCUUUGGGUGCUGUAAUGUCCCUCUCCACUGGGUUAGCCAACGUGAGUUUGAAACAUAAUAGUGUAGGUUUCUAUCAAAUGGCUAAGAUUGCUGUCUCUCCAACAAUUGUUGUAGCAGAAUUCAUGCUUUUCCAGAAGAAAGUUUCUUCUCAAAAGGCUGUCACACUGGCAGUUGUGUCAUUUGGAGUGGCUGUAGCGACUGUUACCGAUUUAGAGUUUAACUUUUUUGGUGCCUGUGUAGCAUUGGCAUGGAUUGUUCCUAGUGCCGUGAAUAAAAUCCUUUGGUCAAGUUUGCAGCAGAGUGGAAAUUGGACCGCCCUUGCGCUGAUGUGGAAGACUGCCCCAAUUACGAUAUUUUUCUUACUGACAUUGGUGCCUUUGCUGGAUCCCCCGGGCUUGCUGUUGUUCGAUUGGAACUUCAGAAACAGCUGUGCUAUUCUCAUUUCUGCUUUAUUUGGUUUCCUUCUCCAGUGGUCUGGCGCUUUGGCACUUGGCGCGACGUCAGCUCUGUCACAUGUUGUGCUGGGCCAAUUCAAGACUAUCGUCAUCACGCUCUCCGGUUACCUAAUCUUCGGCUCCGACCCUGGGAUCACCAGCUUUUGCGGAGCUGUAGUCGCGCUCGGCGGCAUGUCGUUCUACACUUAUCUGGGCCUGAAAGACUCUGCAACCAGCGGCAAGAAACCGCCGUCAAGGCAGAACUCGUUCAUGGGGAAGCCUAAAGCCACCGCAGAUGGUGAGAACCCAGGUCCAGAGCAUGAGGAUUCUGUGUAAGCUGAUGAACUGUCAUCAGCCAUCCAGGUCACUGGAUGCAAAAGGUCCCAAGGGAGAAGCCUGUGAAUUUGCCACUGAUCUAUGCUUAGGAAUUAUUUGUUAGUUGUAAUUUGUCAGUGACCGGAUCCAUUGUACAUAGAAACAUGUAUCUUUCUCGAAGCCCCAGGGCCUGUCAGUGGCAAGUAGCUUGGGUUA